UCGCCACGGGCCAAUGGGGCGAGGCCGUGGGCGGGGCCGGGCAGACGCCGGCCAAUCGACGCGGCGCUCGGGAGCCAGUGGGUUGGGUUGCGGUCAGCUCGGGGGAGGGCUCGGUUGCGCCGAGUCUGUCAGGCUGAGGUGGGGGAAACGCGCACUCGGGCGGAGAGAGAAGGCCGGAGGGAGACGCGGGCAGGACGCCGCCGCAGAAGCAGCACGACCGGCGGCGGCGGCAGCAGCAGCAAGCAGCCAGGGGCAGUCCGGAGGCGGCGGCAGCGGCGAAAUGGCGGCGCCCGCCCAGGUGUGCGAGAACAUCCGGAUGCUGCUGGAGGCGGCCGAGUUCCUGGAGCGCAGGGAGCGAGAAGCUGAACAUGGCUAUGCUUCUAUGUUACCCUACAGCAGCAAGGAGAGAGAUGCCUUAAAACGAAGAAAUAAGUCCAAGAAGAAUAGCAGUAGUAGCAGAUCAACACAUAAUGAAAUGGAGAAGAACAGACGUGCUCAUCUGCGACUCUGUCUUGAGAAGCUGAAAGGGCUGGUGCCACUUGAACCGGAGUCCAGCAGACAUACCACGUUGAGUUUACUAACAAAAGCUAAAUUGCACAUAAAGAAACUUGAAGACUACGACAGAAAAGCAGUACACCAAAUAGAUCAGUUGCAGCGAGAACAGCGGCACCUGAAGAGGCAGCUGGAGAAACUGGGCAUUGAGCGGAUAAGGAUGGACAGUAUAGGGUCGACCGUUUCUUCUGAGCGGUCGGAUUCCGACAGAGAAGAGAUUGAUGUGGAUGUGGAAAGCACAGACUACCUAACGGGGGACCUGGACUGGAGCAGCAGCAGCCCGAGUGAUUCAGACGAGAGGGGGAGCUUGCAGAGCGUGUGCAGCGACGAGGGCUACUCGAGUGCUGGCCUCAAGAGAAUAAAGCUGCAGAACAACCUGAAGGCCUGUCUCAGCCUCUAAGGAGCCAGUCACUUUCCCCAUCCAUUGCUGUUUUCUUGUUGGAUCUUAUUAGGUAGUAUGUUGGACCGUCCCACAAUUCUCUUGCACGUAAACUUCUUGUACCACCAACAUUACCAAAAUCUGCUUUGCCUAAGUCUGAAAACAUUGCAUAGGGUUGUGGGUCACAAGCUACUCUCUGGAGCACACCUCUGAUGGCAUCCACUAGCUUCUCUUUUCUGUCAGUGAACUCAUCUCUAUGAGACUGAACAUUCCAGCCCAAUUUCUCAGCGCCUAAGAAUAUUGUUGCGGUAAUAGCGACAUACAUGUUUUGCCUGUGCUGCUAUUGUGCUAGACACACCUCUUGCCGUGGGGGAGAUGGUACCAUUUGGUGUCGGGAAACAGUAGCCAGACUAGCCACUAUUCUUCAGACAUGACCUCUAUAGAAGAAGCUCAGCUCUCUGGUCAUUUAGAGCAGGAAAUUGGCAUGACACACUGACAAAACAUUUGUGGGGGAGUUAGGAAAUUUCCCAGCUACUGUUCAGAAGUUUUAUUCUGAAGGGUCCCAAGUCAUUGCAGCUGUAGCGUAGCAUUGCUGGUGCAGUCCUUCUGCCGGUACUGCAUCAGAGUUCCUUUUGGAUUCUUAAUUCUGAGCCAUCCUAGUCGGAAGCAGUCCUGGAGGGAGAAGUUGGAGACUGGCAGUUGGCAGAACUAUCGGAAGGACAGAAUCGGGCUGGAGGCUCUUGGCAGCGGGGUGGGGUCGGUUCCCAGUUCCAGCCAAUGACUCUGGGCAGACGCUUCCUCUCGGUAUAUUUGAUGUCAAAAGACCAAAUGGUCCUUCAGAUGACUCCUUGUGCAAUCUUGAUUACGAUUGUUGGCGACAUUUACCUUUUGCUCCUAGCUGCUAAGUUCUGCUUCUUGUCUCUGGGACAAUUCUUACUACCUCAGAGAGAUGAACAAAACUGAUCUCGAUCCCAUUAGCACAAAAGAAGAAUUAUGCCUCAUUUGUAGACUUGGUUCUAGUCCAAUCUGUUUACUUAAAAAUUCAGCAAUAACAGAGUGACAAAGUUAGCUGUGCUAGCUUUGAGUUGUUAAUGACUGCAGAGACUGCAUUCCAGUCAUUCCAUGAAGCCCUCCCGGCUGCCUUAGCACUUCCUUGCCUGUUGGCUUAAAUUAUUUGGUAGCCCUCUGAAAAUGGCUGGCAUGUGGAUUCCGGGUUCCCCACUUUAAAACCUCAUGGUCUCUUUCUGCUCUCUUUUCGCCCUCUCCAGGGUCGCACCUUCAGAGCAUUUAAGCUAAAUAGAGCUUGUGCAAAUGUAUAGGUGGCCUAUGAAUAGUACUUACUCACUUUUCUAUAAACCUAACAUAGUAACAUUCUUAUGAUUUUGUGCUUUUAUAGAUGUUUAGAAAACUUUGUAUGUCAAGGCCUACUAGUGAAGAGAUGUCCUUAGUCCUGUCCUCUUUGCUUUCAUCAUUAAGGUUGUGCCUGCCUGGCCGAUUCCCCAUGACUCUUAAGGCUGGUGCUGGAUUGUGUCUGCAGCUCACAGGGUACCCGAGAGCCAAUUCACUUCACUUCACUGCACUCUGAAAGGGCUAUGUCACUUAUUUAGCUUCAAACGGUGGUUCACGCUUGCUUAUAGGCUAUGACCAGAGCUGCCAAAAUCCACAAGGACACUCUGUCAAAGUUCCAAAUCAACAUUGUACAAAUGAAAUUUGAUUUCUUCAGGAAGCUUGAAGCUCGCUCUUUGGAUAAUUUUUCCAAGAUGGGAAGUGAGGCUAGUGGAUUGCUAAAGAUCUCCAAAGCUAUUUCUUUUGAGUGUGCUAUCUUUAAGAAACAAAUGAGAGCUGGAAUUUUCAGGUGUCCAGCUGAGAUUUGCACUGAACUCCUACUUGUCGGAGGCCUUCUUGCAUUUAUAAGCUGGCUUUGAAGCAGAAAACCCUUCAGAGAGCUAGCUCCCCACCUGGAAGCUUUGGAAGAAGUUGAGUAGCUGCACUUUGAGGUCCUUUGCUCCGACACGUUUCUUGCCUGAGACCGUUGAGCUUCUAUAUUUGUUAAUGUGUUGCAUAAAACUGCCUCACAAAUUCAACUCCCAAGUUGUCACCUUAAGGUUCAGAGUAUCUUCAGAUUUGGGGGGCGAUUUGGUGGGGCAAAUUUAAAUUACAAAUUUGUGUACUUUUUCUUUAGCAGUAACGAGUCUGAAGGAUUCAACCUUAUGUGUUUCAUUGUUGUGCCUUUUUGAAUUAGUUCCAACAGGGCACAAUCUCCUGCUAACAUCUCCUGGGCAGUGGUCCUCCUCUUCCCCACCCCAAACAUCUAAAUGAAUAGGAGCAGCAACAGACAAGUGUUUGCAACUGCUUUCGUUUUUGUGGUGUUUGGAAAGGAGGUGUUCCUAGUGGGUUGUGCCCCUUUCUCCUCGCCCUUCCCUUUUUUAAAGUAAAGUAUUGUGGGAUUUUUUUACAUUUUUUUUUCUGGUCCCUGUUGUGAAUCAGUAAUUGAUCUUUGCACUGUCUGGAUGUGGUCCUUUCAAAAUUUGGGUAGCACAGAAAAUAUUGAACUCUUGCAAAUGAUGCACUAAUGUCAAAAACUAGCCUAUGGAGGCAUGUGGUGUUUCAAAAACAUUGAGGCAAAUAAGAGCCCUGUGGGCUCCAGGGACCCUCUCAAAAUGUCUUGGUUAGGAUUGCCCUUGGCAGCUCCCAGCUGCUGUGGUCCCCUUUGCUGCUCCCUCUCCCACCCCCUCAGGCAGCUGCAGUGGAGAAAUGGGCCCGCUUUGACCUGUCGCCCGAGCAGGGUGGCUACUCCAGGGAGGGAGGACACUCCUGCUGACCUGCUUAGGAAGGACUGUGUGGUUACGCGCCCUGCCUGUGUACAAGCCCCACAGGUGUGGUCAAAUCACACAAUCCACCCAAACUGCAUGAGCAGAAGUUUCCAGUUCUGCAAGGACAACUCGGGAAGGGUGGGGGGGCAGCAACCACAGAGACAGCACCAACCGUGUUACUUGGGUAACUUGUAAAUUGGGCCAUAGAAGCAUCACAUUCUGGUCCGGCCAGCCUUUUUCUCGAAUUCACUGAUCCACCAGCAUUAUUACUCAAUAAGCUGCAGAAAAUUAGACUUUUAUAGAUUGUUUAAAAGGGGGAGCUGGGGUUGCUUCUGUAUCAGUUUACAGCUGAGAGCCACGUGUGUGUUUGUGCACGCAAAUACGAAAGUGUGUGUGGGUGUUUAUAAGGUCACACUAACUGCUUCUGCACUUGGUAACUUUCAGUGCAGACAGUGAAUCCGGGACACAUGUGAUUGGAAAAGGAAAUCCAAAACCUGUGCUUUUGCUGAUUAGAAGUAAAUGUGGAUGUUGGGGUGACAGUCUGAAGUAUCCGAAAAGUAUUGUCUGUACCAGAGGAACCUUUUUCCUGAGUGUUGAACACCCAGAACUUUAAUGAUUUUUUUUUUAUAUAAAGCAGAGCUUUCAAGGUGCUGAUAGGCACAUCUGGUGAAUUCUUUUCCAGGGUUGGUGUAAACACCCAUUUGGGAUCAAAUUCAGAGCACUUAUUUGAGACGUCCAGUUAGGUGCCACAACCCCUUCCGCCCUCUUUGAAAUUCCAGCGCUCUGGGCACGAGCAGGCUGUGUUCUGCCCACUGCCCUUCUAGCACUUUGUUCUCACAACAUGGCACCUCCCUCUUGCCCGCCCCCCCCGCAUCGUUCUGGUUUCUUGCCAGAUCCCUUACUCUCUGAAGCAGAGCUCCCAAACACAGCCACAAGACGGGAAGCCCCUGUGCUCUCUGGAAGGGAGGGAAGGGUUGUUUUCAAGUGCUCACUGCCUAAUUAGAGUCAACAGAGGCAUCUGGUGUGCUGUCUAGCAAUACAUUGGGACUCUGAGUCCUCUUGCCCCCUUGGUAACCAAUUUCAGGUUUUGACACUUACUGUAUUGGGAUGAAUUCUGCUUUUUCUGCCCAGCUGUGGGUCUGCUCCCCUGAUUACAGGUGUUCUAUGGUUUCCUCUUCUGCUGCUUUGAUCUAAGAGCUGUUUUGCUUUGCUAGCACAAGGGUUUGGUUCCUGUGCGCUCUGGCCACCUGCAGCUCUUUGAACAGCUGUGCGAGUCAGUGAUGCUUUGGUCUGGAAACUGCUGAGCAAAUGAAGUAUUUCCCACCCUGCCGGGUCUGUGUAGCAAGCUCUGCUUUAUAGCAACCCUCUUUCUCUUGAAUAUGAGCGCCAGGUCGGGUGAGUCUUGGGCCCAGCCUGGCUGCUGCUUGCUUGCUGCAACAGCUGUUCUCUUCUGAAGGGCCCAGUGAUCUGACUCGUCUGGAGUUGCCUGGCUUUAUUUUUGUGCUGCUGUUUCUGAUUGACCUAGGAACUCUUUCUCUUUUUUCAAGGUGCUCUUAGCCACACUUGCUGUUUUGAAUCUUGACUUUAGUUUUGGAGUCUUCCAAAUAAAAACACCACCUAAACAGGGGAGCAGCAGAUGGGGGUGGGGGGGAAGAGACAGGAAUUCAGUUUCCAAAUGUUCAGUCCCUGAUGUAAAUACCACGUCAUUUUAAAAAAAAAAAUCCUGUGUCAAGACCAUAUAAUGGUGCUUUUUAUUACAGUUAGCACAUGCAUUUUUAGAAAGUACAUGUUUUAGAAGAACCUUGCUGUGUAUAUGUAUACUUCUGUAUUGUUCAACUGUUAGAAAAUAAAUUAUUUCAUUAUUA